GGAAUACGACUAUUAUUAUUAUCUUCUUUUUGCUGUGUGUUCUUCUCUUUUUCUUUUUCUUAGCCACACAUUUUUUUUUGUAUUGUUUUCCUGCUUUCGGUUCUCUCUCGAUUCAGGCUUGGCGACGUCUCCAUCGUGUUUUGUUUUCUCUCUCUCACCUGCGCAGACUCCAGCGCCGCACGAGCGUUGAUUGCGUACAGGAGGAAGUCGAAAAUACCAAACGUCGACUACAGCAACGGCAGCAAAGAGCCUCUCGUUAGCACUACGAUUGCUUCUUCCCUCGAGCACUCAAGAAUAAUAAUAAUAGUAAAAAAAGAAAAAUGAAUUUGGGCGAAGUCUUCCAAAAUCGCGUUAACGAGGUGGAGGAGACGGGGAUGGAGCUCUACCUCGUGUUCUUCGCGAUGGGAAAAAUGCUGACCGUUAUCCCGGACGAUGACGAGGUGGCGCGUGAGCAGCGCGCGCAACGGAAUGAACGCCGCAAGGGAGGGGAGGAGAUUCUUUUCUCACAGAUUCGCUCGGGCGAUGGCGGCGACGGCGGUGAUGAGGCGGAGGCCGCGGACGCCAACAAGGGGAGUAGUAAGAAUGGCAAUGCGAAUAGCAGCGGCAGCACUAACCACAACAGCGGUGACAAUAGUGGCGACAGCUUCGUGUCACCCACCUCGUUCCGCUCGGACCAGUCCUUUUCAUCGCACUCGGAGGGUGUCGGUGGGAUGUCGCAGGCCGCGUACAUGAAGGCUCGAGUGGAGGCGGAGAGCACGCUGCAGCUGCGCGUCUUCGACUUCGACCCGCGGCAGUGGACGCUGCAGUUUUUGGCCACCGCAGCGAAGUUUAUCUGCGAAGAGUUUGAUCGCUACCUGCAACAAGUCCACCUGCUGCUGCGCUUCAUGGCGGUGCGGCGACGACGCAUUGAGAAGCGGUCUGCCGUGCUACGCGAGCGUCAAGCGCGUGCGGCGAAAACGCCGGCCGACGCCGUGCAAUCGUCGAACCAACCCACGACGACGACGACUACCACCACCGCCCCUUCCACCUCUCUUCUCACUUCUCUCGGCGCGACGUUAGCAGACAUGUGCAAGGCCGUGGCUGGCCCCCGUGCGCGCGAUGCGGCGGACGACAUUGCCCCCGCUGAAAGCGACACGGACCUCUCGGCUGAGGAGGAGCAGCGCGUGGCGGUGAGCCUGCCCGACAGCCUCCUUCGCCAAAAGGCGGACACCCUCUCCUCUUUCUUUAGCAUUUACGUCGCUGUCGUCAUGCGGGAGGAGACGCCGAUGCGUGUUAUUAAGAGCGUCGGUGAGCGAAUGCAUGCCAUCAGCGUUGUCCUGCACAACUACCCCCGUGAACCGCUGGACAUCGUGGAGCAGCUCCAUCGCGACAGGGAAGACCAGGCCGCGUCGUUUCUCGCGCAGUGGAUGACGAAAGGGGAAGGGCGACUGGCACCGCUGCUGAUGGCGAGCCCCCCUGCUUCAGCGAGCGACGCCGCACAACGGUCCUCGUCGUCUUCUCGGUCGUCUGCCGUGGGCAGUACGAUUGGGCCGGAGAGUGUCAUGGACAGCGAGGGCAAUUACUCUCCUCAGAAUACGGCAGGCGCGUUGGAGGAAGCGUCGAGGCCGGUGGCAGCGGCAGAGGAUGCGGCGCGGACACACAGCGGGGACUGUGGCACCUCAGGAGGCGCGGACGCGGCCGACGCGGAGGGAGUAAGAGUGGGGUGGGAGUCGCUGUCUGCGGACGCCAUCGCCCCUGCGUGUCCGCCGGUGGACGCGGCGACCGCGCGCGAGCUGAUUGCGGAGUUUCGCGCAAGCCGCUCGCCGUGCACGAGCCGGCUGGCGCAGUUGGUGGUGGACACCGUUCCCGGGAUGGAUGAGACGGCGCUGCUGCCGUGCAUCGCGCAGCCGGAGCGGCACGGCUUCAACGACGGCUGCAUCCGUCUGACUCCUUUCAUGACUACCGCCGAGGAGGCGCUGCUAACACAGUGGAUGCAGGUGCGGCUGACGGAGCUGAUGGAGGACGCCGAGGAAUCGGUGCUCGUGCGGGCGUGGGCGUCACCGACGUACGACGCGAGGGGCGGAGAGCUGACGGUGCUGCUGAACCCGACCAACGCGUUUCGGAUGCAGCUGAGCAACCCGGCUGACUUUUUGGUGAGUGGUCUAAAGUGCGAUAUGUGCUGUCAGGGAUCUCGCUCCGUGAGCUACCAGGCGGUGCUGGAGAGCGGGGUGCGGAGCGAGGUAGUACUGGGGUACGAGGGCUGCGUGGGCUACGACAUGUGUGUGGCCUGUAGCUACAAUUACUACAGGUGCUGCGAGAUACGGUUGCUGCGUGCGGUGCACCCUGACGCCGCGGUCCGGCAGCCGUUCGCCUACGGGCUGUACUCGAAGACCGUCGUGCAGUCGCUGCGCGUCGAGGGGAGCCACGACGACGACGCGGCGGUGGUGAAAGUGGUGGCCGUGAUGGGUGUGUCGCCCUUUGGUGUUCUCCCCAUUGGGUGGCUGCUGCCCCGUUCCCAACUCACGGCACUGAGCGCGGCGUGUGCGCUGACGGAGGACUACGUGGAGCUGACGGCCGCCGAGCACGCCGCGCUGCCAGUGCCGGGCGCACACUGGCAGGAGCACUGCCGCAUCACCAACGUCAGCAAGCGGGUGCUGGAGGGGGUGGGGGAGGGAGACGAGGCCGCUGCUGCUGCUGCUGCUGCUUCGGUGGUGGCUGCGGGUGGGAAAGACGGCGAUAACGCCUCUGCCGACGUCGCCGAGGCGGACGUGUGCCCGAUAUGCCUGCAGCUGCUGCACAGCCCGCUGCCGGUGCUGCGGACCCUGUGCGGGCACUGGUUUCACGUGGAGUGCAUCGGCUCGCACUACCACUACAAGCCCGCGGUGGUGGACGGGGAGGUGAACGAGGCGAAUGGCUGCCCGGUGUGCCGGUGCGCGCAUUACAUGCCCUCGCUGACCGACGUCGCCACGACGCUGCACACGAACGUGUACCGGUUGGAGAUGCGCGUGCCGGUGUCGGAGGCACCGUUUGCCAUCGCGGUAGGAACCAUCCUGACGGACGACGGCGUCUACCACAACGCAACGAACGUGGCGGCGUGCACCGCCUUCUUCGAUCUUGUGCCGGGCUACGAGUACACGGCAGAGGCAGCCGCCUCGCCGGUGACGCCGUCGUAA